CGUUUAAGCGGCAAACAAUGUCUGAGUCGAUGGAAGAAGUGUGGACAAUCGUUGCUAAAAAUGUGAUAAUAUUGUAAUGUUAGACUCUUCGUGUUAUUGAAUGUUUUGCUCAAUUGGAGUUAAAACCUGUAUGGCACUUGAUGUAUGACAGCUGAGGAAAAUGACGUCUAUUAUCAAACUGACUGCUGUGUCAGGGGUGCAGGAGGAGUCUGCCCUCUGCUACCUGCUGCAGGUGGAUGAGUUCCGCUUCCUCCUGGACUGUGGCUGGGAUGAGAGCUUCUCCAUGGACAUCAUUGAUUCCAUGAAAAGGUAUGUCCACCAGGUUGAUGCGGUGCUCCUCUCCCAUCCUGACCCCCUGCACCUGGGGGCCCUGCCCUAUGCUGUGGGCAAGCUGGGCCUAAACUGCCCCAUAUAUGCCACCAUCCCCGUCUACAAGAUGGGUCAGAUGUUCAUGUAUGACCUGUAUCAGUCGCGCAACAACACUGAGGACUUCAACCUGUUCACCCUGGAUGAUGUGGACUGCGCUUUCGACAAAAUCCAGCAGCUGAAGUACUCCCAGAUUGUCAAUCUGAAAGGGAAAGGACAUGGUCUGUCCAUCACUCCACUUCCUGCUGGUCACAUGAUCGGAGGGACCAUCUGGAAGAUUGUGAAGGAUGGGGAGGAGGAGAUUGUUUACGCGGUGGACUUCAACCACAAAAGAGAGAUCCACCUGAAUGGGUGUACGUUGGAGUCGGUGAGUCGUCCCUCUCUUCUCAUCACAGACUCGUUCAACGCUACAUACGUGCAGCCGCGUCGCAAGCAAAGGGACGAGCAGCUCCUUACCAAUGUAAUGGAGACCCUACGAGGCGACGGCAACGUGCUGAUUGCGGUGGAUACGGCAGGCCGUGUACUGGAGCUGGCUCAGCUGCUGGACCAGAUCUGGAGGACAAAGGAUGCCGGGCUGGGGGUCUACUCUCUGGCCCUGCUCAACAACGUCAGCUACAACGUGGUGGAGUUCUCCAAGUCUCAGGUGGAGUGGAUGAGUGACAAGCUGAUGCGCUGCUUCGAAGACAAGCGCAACAACCCCUUCCAGUUCCGUCACCUGUCCCUGUGCCACAGCCUGGCCGACCUGGCCCGCGUGCCCAGCCCCAAGGUGGUGCUCUGCAGUCAGCCCGACCUGGAGUCUGGCUUCUCCCGCGAGCUCUUCAUCCAAUGGUGUCAGGACGCCAAGAACUCUGUGAUCCUUACCUACCGUACCACGCCCGGCACCCUGGGCCGCUACCUCAUCGACAACCCCGGGGAGAAGAUGCUGGACCUGGAGAUUAGGAAACGGGUGAAGCUGGAAGGCAGAGAGCUGGAAGAAUACCUAGAGAAAGAGAGAAUGAAGAAGGAAGCUGCCAAAAAACUUGAACAAGAAAAAGAGGUGGACGUGGACUCGAGUGAUGAGAGCGACAUGGAGGAUGACCUGGAGCUGCCGGCGGUGGUGAAAACCAAACACCACGAUCUCAUGAUGAAGGGAGACGGCGUCCGCAAGGGCAGCUUCUUCAAACAGGCCAAGAAGUCUUACCCCAUGUUCCCCACCCACGAGGAGAGGGUCAAAUGGGAUGAGUACGGAGAGAUCAUCAGACCGGAGGAUUUCCUGGUACCAGAGCUCCAGGCCACUGAGGAGGAGAAGAACAAGCUGGAGUCGGGCAUGGCCAACGGGGACGAACCCAUGGACCAGGACUCCUCAUCCAAAGUACCCACCAAGUGUACCUCCACUACGGAGAACCUAGAGAUCAAAGCCAGGGUGACUUAUAUCGACUACGAGGGCCGCUCAGACGGCGACUCCAUCAAGAAGAUCAUUAACCAAAUGAAACCACGGCAGCUGGUGAUCGUGCACGGCCCCCCCGAGGCCAGCCUGGACCUGGCCGAGUCCUGCAAGGCCUUCACCAAGGACAUCAAGGUCUACACGCCCAAGCUGCAGGAGACUGUGGACGCCACCAGUGAGACACACAUUUACCAGGUGCGGUUGAAAGACUCACUGGUGAGCUCGCUGCAGUUCUGCCGCGCCAAGGACACAGAGCUGGCGUGGAUCGAUGGCGUACUGGACAUGCGCGUGGUCAAGGUGGACACAGGUGUGCUGCCUGAGGAGGGCAUGGUAAAAGGAGAGAAGGGAACUGGCGAGGAGGUUGUGGAAGACAGUGAGCUGGCCAUGGACGUGACCCCUGCUGACAAUGCCACCACAGACCAUAGCGUGGUGGCGCAGCAGCGCGCCAUGAAGACGUUGUUUGGCGAGGAUGUGCGCGAGCUGUCGGAGGAGAGUGAUGUCAUCCCUACCCUGGAGCCUCUGCCUGCCCACGAGAUCCCAGGCCACCAGUCAGUGUUUAUCAACGAGCCGCGCCUGUCCGACUUCAAGCAGGUGCUGCUGAGGGAAGGCAUCCAGGCUGAGUUUGUGGGAGGCGUGCUGGUGUGCAACAACAUGGUGGCCGUCCGCAGGACGGAGGCAGGGCGCAUCGGCCUGGAAGGAUGCCUGUGUGAUGACUAUUAUAAGAUCCGUGAGCUGCUGUAUCAGCAGUAUGCUGUGGUGUAGGAGAGAGGAGCAACAUGCAGCAGAGAUGGUGUCAGUCAUGACAGUAUCACACAGACGGGAUGGAGGGGAGCGAGGACUAUUACCCAGAGGACCACAGGGUUCUAGGUAUUCUCCACACACAGGCUACCUGAGCUCCCCUCGGGAGCCUCUCCAGCUGUUUGAAUUCCAACUGCUGUGUUGAUUUGUCCUUUCCCCCCCCCAUUUAAAAAUCUGUUUACUGUUUAUUGUGCGUCUUUCCCCGCCGCAGUGAGAGACAGAUGGGCUUUUCUGGAGUGACCUCUUCUUGAUGUGAACACAUGAUGUAACCCUUAGGGUCAUUUUUACCUCUCCUCAAGCCCCCUCGGCUCUGGGCUGGCGAGGUGAAAGCUUACCACACGCUGGAGAGUCCCAACAUCGUUGGACGUAGGCUGGAAUGGUUUAUGUUUUUUUUGUUUCUCAUUAAAGCUGCAAUGUGUAAUGCUUUGGGUGACCCAACCAAAUUCACAUAGAAAUGUAAGUUUUUGAUCUGUCUUUCUCAUUGAAAGCAAGUCUAAGAAGUGAUAGAUCUUUUGUAUAUCUAUGCUUCCCAUUACGUUUUGUUUAUGCAUCUUUUACCUUCGGAUUCAUACACCAGCUUCUAACAGCCAAAACUGCUAUAUUUUGGGUUAUUGAAAAUAUAUUUCACCAUGGUUUAGAUGGUACAAUCAUUCUCUACAUUGUUUGUUUUGUCCCACAAACUGAGAUUAGGAGAACUAUUAGAAUUUUAGCAACCAGGAAAUUGUGACUCAAUUACUGCAUAUUGGACCUUUAAAUUCCCUUUUCUGCACAAAUAAAUGUGUUUGUUUCCUAUAUAUCUUUCCGUGGGACGAGAGAGGGGAACGAGACAUGUAUAUGCUGUCGGCAGGGUUGGGGUCAAUUCAGGAAGUGAACCAUGUUUCAAUGAGGUCCAUUUUUUUUUUUUUUUUUUUUUUUUUUUUUUUUUUUUUCAUUUUUACUUCCUGAGUUGAUUAAAUGGAAUUGAAAUGAAAUUGCCUGUAUGUAAGCAAGUACCAUUACAUGGGCUUUACUAAAUGGUACUGCUGCAGUUACAGUAUGACACCACCAGAUGGAGCCAUGUUUCAUCCAUUCUGUCUGCCUCAGAUUCCCUUUAUCAAGUGUGUUCACACAGCAGCAAUUCCAGGGUUAGAGAUGACAUUGUCCCUGCAGUAAUAUCUUGGUAAAUUAGCAUAAUGCACUGUCAUGUACAUAACACGCUAGAAUAGUCCAUUCUCUCAUGCUUGUAUUUCAGGUAACUGAAAUCAGGUUUAUUAUGAGACCGAGAAAAGUAAAAAUGGAUUUUAAAAUGG